UAAAUCCUGUAAGAGCUACGAACGUAGACGCUUUCAGCUAGACUACGACCAAGUAAUGACCUGUACGUUUGGUUAUGCGGGGAUGGGAAUGGCGCGUACCAGUCUUUACGCUGUCAUAUUUUCAAACGAGCGUGAGGAUGUAUUGAAAAGGAAUAAACAAAAUGAUCGUCUCCAAACCUGAAGUUUGAUGGACCACAAUAUACUGUAAACUUUGAAACAUGAACAAUGAAUGAGGUAAACCAAAGUGUAUUGAAUAGGUCAUUGGCGCAUCUGGACCGGUUCACUAGCUUGGAUGACAUCGAUGUGACAGGAGAUGGGACUCCGAUUUUGAGGGUCUUUAUAUGCGUUGUUUACUCUGUAGUCUGCGCUGCGGGCUUGGUGGGCAACUUGCUGGUGCUGUUCUUGAUCAGAGUUAGACAAGAGCGGAAAAAAUCUACAAUUAACUUAUUUGUACUGAACUUGGCAGUGACAGACUUCCAGUUUGUGUUGACUCUGCCGUUCUGGGCUGUAGACACCGCACUGGACUUCAGCUGGCCGUUUGGGGACGCCAUGUGUAAAAUCAUCAGCUCCGUCACAGUCAUGAACAUGUAUGCGAGCGUGUUCUUUCUGACUGCAAUGAGCAUAACUCGAUACUGGUCCGUCGCCUCGUCUCUAAAGGAUCGAACAAGGCAAAAGUCCUGCUCCGCCAAAUGGAUUUGCAUGGUUCUUUGGGUGUCCGCAACAGUUGCGACAGUUCCAACAUCCAUAUUCUCUACGGUAAAAAACGUAGCGGGGGAAAAACUAUGCUUGCUCAAGUUCCCUGAUGGACAAUAUUGGUUAGCAUUUUAUCACCUUCAAAAAAUUAUAUUUGCAUUUAUUUUACCAAUGGCAAUUGUCUCAAUCAGCUACAUCAUGCUCUUGCGGUUCAUCCGCAACCGUAGUAUGAAAUCAUACAACUCCAAGCGAAUAUCAAAAGUCACCAAAUCUGUCACGAUCGUGGUUCUUUCCUUCUUUCUUUGCUGGAUGCCAAAUCACGCCAUCACAUUCUGGGGCGUGCUGGUGAAAUUGAAUGCCGUGCAUUGGGAUAAAUCUUACUACAUAGUACACACUUACGUAUUCCCUGUAACUGUCUGCCUUGCGCAUGCCAAUAGUUGUCUAAAUCCUGUUAUUUAUUGUCUAAUGAGAGUAGAGUUUAGAAAGAAACUGAAUUAUUUGUUAUAUCACAAAUAAUUACUUUUACGCAGUGAAAUAUUCUAUUACCAUUGUCAUAACGCACGCGCUUCCUACUUCAACUUAAAUGUCAAUGUAUUGUCAAGUCACUACUAACGCAAAAGGUAAGAAUUGCGGUAUAAUAGCAACCCAAAUUGGCAUUAACAUGCUUUUUGUAUGAGGUCGUCAUUCACGGAAAAAAUUGAGGCAGACUUGUUUUAUCCUUUACGUCUUUCCAUCAUUACUGUGGCGAAGUGGAGAAAAUAUGAUCUAAUGUAUCUAUCGAUCACAGCUGGACUUCAAGACAUUGUGCUAAGUGGCAAUUGUCAAAUGUUAGUAAUGCUUAACGGUAUGCCUGCGAUAACAAAUGAAUGAGUGUGGACUUAAUGGAUUGCAUAAUUCUGUGUUUAUACAAGAUUAUGUUUUAGGAAUAAACGCCCAUGUUUCUCGACCCUGUGUUUAUUGUCAGAAUGUAAGUCGAAAACAUGACUAAUAGUAUUUUCUC